AUGAAUGAUUCCGUGGGUGUUUCGACUAACACUUGGCAGUGGUACGAGGAAGUGAUCAAAUCAUGGCUUGAGGACCCAGGAGUGUUGGAUCAUGAGGGUCUCAAUAUUACAGCUUUGAACAGAGACCAGGCUUAUAUGGUGGGGAUUGCAGAUCUGAAUGUUGGUGUCUACAGCGUGUCUGAUGAUUGUUUUCGGUGUCCUUUCGAAUGGCAGAAGACGCUGUUAGCUCAUGAGGAAGGUACCUGGAAGGUGCAGACAGCUAGACGUUCAACUUGGCGAGUGUAUGCUGACCUCACAGAACAAUAUGUUAGCGCGGGAAAUACCUCAGGACUGUUAUGCCAGCUGCGACCUCAGAUGGGCGAGUUUGGCGUAUACAAGCUGAAUGUGACGUUGGACGGGUGUGAUGUACGCACUACUAAAGAACCUGUUGAUAUUUAUAUGCGUAAGUUCAUUUUAUAUUCAUUAGACACGCCUACCAAUGAGACAUGGGUCUGUUGUCAACAUUUAAGGUUAUUAGCUUACGGUUACAAGUAG